GGUGAAUGUGCGGGCCUGUUAUUUUAUGUUCGGUGAAUUUAUUUUUCUGUUUAUUCAUAUAAUGUAAAAUCGAGAUGGAAUCAUUAUUAACGGGUUUUGGUUCUCCUUGCUACUGUUCGGCACGUGAGGCGCCUUGAUAGUCCACCGACCGAAGCUACAGGUAAAGAAAGUUUGGUGAAUGUGGUCAGGUCUGCUUUGCUGAAGGAGAUGCAGUGUGAGCAGUUGCACUGUCCAGGCAUGAUGGAGUGUCCUCAGAGGAGCUUGCAGGUGCUCGAGCUCAGGGAUGUCCGUGGCACGCAGGAGUUGCCGGAAAAGGACUCCGUGGCAGGGAUGCUGCUGGAGGCCAGUGAUGCUGAACAGGAGCUGUUUGAGGUGCAGAUUGUGUCUAUUAAGGAAGAGCUGUCUGAUGUAGAGGAGGCCAAAGAUGGGCCCUACCUGGAGGUGAGCUGUAGUCACGUCAAGGAGGAAACUCUGAAGCCGAUCCAUGUCCACAGAGUGUUUCCUGUCUUUGGACUCUUUAGUGAUACAGAGUCAGAGCUGCCUGACCAGCAUGUGGAAUGUGCGCAAAACAAAGAGGAAGCUCUGAAGCCAAUCCACGUCCACAGGGUGUUCUCUGACUUUGGACUUUUAUGUGACGCACAGUCCGAUGACCAGUCAGGCACAUCUGGAGACAAAUACACGGAGGAUUCGGGGAAUGUCUCCUCAACUGUCCCAGAUUACUCUGGGCUCUGGGGACUGAGCUCCCUGCCACAGCUCUCUCUGUUCUCAGAUGAAAACUGUGAGUCCAUCCAAAGCAGGGAGACUUCCAGGAUGUCCAGUUCCACUGCCUCAGAUUGUUCACGUGGCACGGCGACCUCUCAGCACCCCAAUAAUUUCUCCCACUCCAAACACCUGGAGGCAGACCACAGACCGUACCUCUGUAGUAUUUGUGGCAAGACUUUCCGGCGCAGGUACCACUUGAAGUCCCACCUGAGUGUGCAUCUGGGAGAGAAACCCUUCCACUGCACCCGCUGUGACAAGCGCUUCACUAUGCACCGCAGCCUGGAGAGACACCAACAGCAGUGCACAGGCCAGGUCAACCGUCGCUGCCCCUUUUGUGGUGACAUCUUCAGGAAUCUCAGCCACCUGCAGGGGCACAUGGUCAUCCACAAUGCGGAGAAGAGUUUUCAGUGCAGCCGUUGCGGACAGCACUACAGACAGUCUGACUACUUAAAGAGGCACCAAGGAGUGCUCACUGAAGACCCUCCCUGCUACUGCUUGGAGUGUGAAAAAACUCUGAGGCUGCUGGCCGAGUGAGCUGAGCAGUCCUCUCCUGUGGACUUCAGGAAACGAGUUCUUUACCUUGAGGUGGUCAGCGUGUCAGUGACAAGACUUAAUUAUCAUGGCAGAUUUGUGUUUGAGUGUUCAAACACCUCCAAUGUGAAAUGAUUACAUGAACCUAAGCUUUAAGUGAUGUUAUUCUGGGGUUUAAUUAAUCAGAGGUCACUUUAAUCAGAAACCUUAGCAGCUGAUAAACCAAACCCUAAGUCAACAUUUAAAAUUCAGCAAGUGCACUCAUUAGCAGGGUUCAAGUGGAAUCACCUUCACAGGAACAAAUGUAUUACAGUGUAUAUGUUAGUCAUGUUAUUCAGUUUUAAUACUGUCUGCUUUUAGAACUAGUGUUUUUUUAGGUAUUUAGGAUGCAUCAUAUUAAAUGACAAUGAAAUCAUGUAGCAAAGGUGUUUACUGCCUCCUGCAUUUACUAAAUUCUUUUUGCUGUGCCACAGUAAUGUAUAUGGAGCAUCAUAAAAUAAAUACAGAAACUUACUCAGUGUUAAAUUAGCAUGUAAACUUCUUGGAUAAGAAGGGUGAAAAGCUGAGUAGCUCAGUUCUUUUCAUUUAAUUAUGACAUCAGUUUUCAUUGAGAUUUUCAAUUAUUUCUUAUGGUAGAAAUGGCUGAACUGCACAUUUACAGUACCAGUAGCACUUUUCCGUUUACAUUAGUGUCAUAGAGCUGGGAUCAUCAUAUAUUAUUUUGGCAAACUUCUGACUUGGCAUGGUGGUUCUUACAUGUUGCCACAGUUGUACCUCUGCAGGGGUCCUUUAUUUGAAAUUAACCUUCCUUGUAGAUGUUGCAGGCUGUUCUAAAGGCUGGUGUACUUCAAGUAAAACAAAUCUUUUGAUAUCUGUAACCUAUGAAUUCACAAUUGCAAAACUUAUUUUUGAGAAAUAUAUAUUAAUAUUCUUAGUUCAUUUUUGUAAUCUGAUUAAUGUCUGUAACCGAUAAUUCAAAAACAAUUCUUCACUGCUCUCAGUGCAGUCUUUUCUUUGAGACAUUGGAUAUCAAAAGAAAUGUUUAGCAGAAUCAUCCAAAGUUAUUUUAAUUCUG